GCAAGAGACAGUCUUUAAUCGACCAUCUACCUAACCUCACUUCUGUUUUUAUCGAUAUGUUUGUUUCUUCAUUUGUUGAAACAUUAGUCUGUGACCGUUAUCUGUGACAACAGCUGAGAGGAAAAUGUCGGCAUGUAGAAAGCGGCUUGUAAUAAGUGAGGAAAAUGUUAUGAGUUUUAUAGACCGAACGUUGAAUAUAUAGUGCUGAUUAUUGUGAAUAUGAUUAUGAAUGUAGUAUAUAUUAUGUGUUAAUAUUGAAACUAUGUGUGGUGGUGUCUCGUGUGAACUUGCGAAGAGGGACCAAGCAACAUGAAACACGUACAAACUACGCGAGACAUGGGUUUUCUGGUUUGUUGGACUGAGCUAAAGCUUCUCCAACAGAAUCACUUGGCGUGUUGUGCGCGCGUCUGCACAGCUUGAUGGACUUCAGUGGACAGCCGGCAAAGACGGCGCUGGUAAGGUUUACUACCAGCUAUGGGGAUGUCAGAUUUUUUCAACAAGAUCUUCAAGUUUCGCAUAGAAAGAGAGUCGAAACAUACAAAACUAGAAAUGAAAAAAUAAUUCGACAGUGAACAAGUAUAAAGUGUAGGAAGACGUUUUGAGUUUUGAAGUGCAGUGUUCCUGGGCAGCUAUGUAUAAGAAUUCGGCGGCGCCCGACUCGGGUGGAUCCCCGCCAACAAGCACGAACUCUGACGUUGCGACUAUCGAUAAGGAGACCGUACCCUUGGACGAGGCCGUCGGAAAACUUCUAGAAGGUUACGAUUGGACAUUACUUCCGGUGACGCAAAAAUCGACAGCAAAGCGGAAGCAGCAUAUCAAGAGACCGAUGAACGCCUUCAUGGUUUGGGCUCAGGCAGCGAGACGGAAACUCGCGGACCAAUACCCACAGUUGCACAACGCGGAGCUCAGCAAGACCCUUGGUAAACUGUGGCGGAUACUCAGCGAGGAGGAGAAACAGCCCUUCAUAGAGGAAGCUGAGAGACUGCGAAGCGCUCACAAGAAGGACCAUCCUGAUUACAAGUAUCAACCUCGACGACGGAAACCGCCCAAAUCAGCAACAGCAGGAUCGGCGCCAUCUUCCGUUCUGACCGACAAUGGAGAACUACCUGGAACUUCCGGUGUGAGUUCCUCGUCUUCUUCAGUUGGACCAGACCCCACCCCAUCUCGGUGUCAUCGGAUGAAGUUGUGUUUGCCCGACUCCCCACCAGGUCCUGACUGCAGUUUCGCCAAACUUUACGCCGACAGAGACACGGCGGAAGCUUCCAUCAGGCAGUCAGUUAACUCCGAAGAUCUUGCUGCUCACAAGGCAUAUUCCUGCGGCCACUCCCAGUACCAGUUGGUGGCCGGCAGUGGAGUCGACUCCUCAGGUGGCGCAGAUAGUCACGUCAUGUCUCGUCACCACCACCAAACCUUCUCACGCCACACGGGUGGCAAUUCUGGUUUCGUUUAUGGCACCACUGCAUCAUCAGCUCCCGGAAGUUCCGGUCUGGCGGGAGGUCCUACAGGUACAGCAGGUUUCGGCCUGAGAUCCCCGGCAACUCCCACAGCAGGAGGGUACGUUCCCGGACCUGGGGGCGACUUUCUUCACCACCAUCACCAUCUGCACCCAUCGGCCACAGCGGGGGCAGGCAUCUCCAAUACGUCACACCAUCAGUCAGCACCUCCUCCUACAAGCCCUUUUCCUGCUACGAGCUUCCCCGCCACACAUCAUCAGGCAUUCUACCCUUACGGGCCGCCCCAAGGGCCCUACUACAUGUCACCCAGGUGAAAGAUGGCAGUGACUGUAUAAUGAGGAAUUUCUGACUCAGAUCAGUUGCCAGGUGGAAGCAUUAUGUAGCAGAAGUGAUACACCAUGGUCUAAGAAACAUCCAGAAGUUUGUGUUUGUCAGCAUCUGGUUUUCAGUUACACUAUAUUCCAUGAAGUUCCGAGUUCAAAAAUGAACUGUGUGUAGAUUGAAUGACUCAAAUUAAAAUAAAAUGAAAACUUUUACAUCAGCCUUACCAACUUUGUGACCUGUAAAGCUGGACUAUGUCCCUAUGUGUGACCCACACAUUAGAACAUAAAAGACAUUAACAAACCUGCAGGACAUUUUAGGGAUAACAUUUUGUCCAAAAAAUCAAAACUCAAUUUAGGCCUUGAAUAGCAUAUUCCAUGUAUGUGGAGCUACAUGAGUUUAACUUACCUAAUUUUUCCUUUUAUGCCGUUCUGUCCCUAUGAUGUGCUCCAGGCCAUAAAAUCAAAUUUUAAGAAUAGCUUGGAAAUGUGUACCUAUGUAUUUGAGAGUUCUGCUUUGAACUGUUAACUUAAAACGUUUAUUUAUGUUUCUAAGGUGUAUAUGUCUCUGUUUGUUGUUGAAUAUUUAAUAACAGUAUACAUUGCUUUUUUUUUUAUUUUUCUGUCAUCAUAAUUCAGAGAGGUGGAAAUGGUGCAUGGCAUAUUAAGUUCUAGUAUUAACACAAAGUGUGUGUAAAGCUAUUUCCACUGUUAGUGAAAACAAAGAUCUUAAGAAGACUUCAUUUUUAUCUUUUGUCUAAAAAACAGUUUGAAAGUCAAAAUAAGAAAGUAGUGAGGGAAGGUUAUUGAAACAAUGGAAGCUGACUGUGAACUGAAAUAUAGACCCUACAUAAAUAACAUGGCCUUACAUAUUGUAUGAAGACCUACAUAAGUGUCAAAUAUAAUUCAAUAAAUGCUGCAUAUGUCAAAAUAUUUUGAUUAGAGAAUUAUAAUCUGUAACAAAAGGAAUAUUAUGUGAAUAUCAUGUGCCAUUUUUGAGGUAAUGAUUAUCAAAUAUUAUUUGUGAUCCAGUUUGCAUUUUGUGAAUCGUACAAGUUUUCAUCAAGUUUCUUGGUAACAUAUUUAGUUUCACCACUGAAAAUACAUGUUUUGGUAUAUUUGUUUUGACUAUAUUUAUCAUUUGCUGUCACAGAGUUAUGUCAGUAAGAGAAGUGGGCUGUUAAUAGUCGGAAAUUUCAUGUUGUUUACCAGUGUGUUAGGUACAUAUGUGUUUAUGUUGUCUUCCUCCAACUGGAUGAUUGGUUUGAUAAAGAAAUUUUUCCAGUUCAUGGAUAUCAUAAAUUAACUGUAUGAUUAUAACUUAUGAGAUUAAAUUUUUAUUUAUUGCAAAUUUUCUUUCUGUAAUUAAGAAAGUGUAUCUUGCCAUUCAGACACUGUUUUAAUAAAUUUAGUAAAAAUUUAACAAUUUCAUGCUGGAUAAUGUUAUGGAUUUCAUUGCAAAUGUAGUGUUUCUUUUCCCCAUGAAGCAGUUUUACAAAUUUGAAAGUGGGGAGUGUGAUUCUCAUUUACUAUGACAGGGUCUAGAAUUUCUGAAUAUGAUGUUCACUUAGCAAGGAUAAAAUAUGGUGGAAUUAUGGUGGGAAAUAAACUUGGUUUUGGAUGGCUUUCUUUUUGCAUAAUAUGUGAAAUUGAUUUAAAGACUUUUAUCUUUCAUGUAUUGGAAUUUCUUAGCAUUGAGUUUAAUAUUUUUCCCAAGAUUUCUUAGGCUAUUGUACAGAUGAAAUAAAUUAUAAAUGUAUUUGUAAAUACAAACAUAACUUUUUUCUAAAUGUAUGCUUUCCUGGAGUUUAAUAUUUAAUUUUUAAAUGUU